CACCAGCCAGCCAACGACUCGACGUUUUGACGACAGCCCGCGCCUCAGCUCUCCUUUGUCCGCCUCCGCUAAUCUUCUUCACCGUUUCCUUUAUAAAUUCUUCGCAGCUUCAUUAGCUCGUACCUCCCCCUUUGCGGGGCUGCCGUCCACCCAAUCCCGAGCCAAUCUCACUUCAUUACGACGACUUCCCGCCCGUAACACACGAUCCUCAAAGAACUUGGUCAUCAUGCCUACCGCCGGCCUCAAGACCAUCAUCGCCCUUUCCUUUGUCCUCGCCGUAGGAUUCCUCCUCGUCAUCCUCUCAUGCGCCCUGUACAAGGUUUACUAUCCGCUCCUCGUCGUCGCCACCUACGUCCUCGCGCCGCUGCCGAACUGGAUCUGCGGCCGAUGCGCAAAUCCGGAUGACUUUGUCGAGAGCGGCGGCGCGGCAGUGCUCGAUCUGGGAAGGUUCUUUACCGGCUUCUUUGUUGUCAUGGGCAUUGCCCUCCCCGUUGUCCUCGCGCACUCCGAUCUGAUCCGAGUCGAAGCCAUGAUCAUGUCCAUUACCGGUGGCCUGCUGAUUUACGGGACCAUCAUCAGCUUUGGCAUGUUCUUCCAGGAAGAGCAAGAGUUUUAAAGAAACGAAACGGGAAUUUAUGACCUCAUGUAUGAAAAGCCGGGAGGGGUUCCGCAAGAGGGAGGAGUUUCUUUAUGCCUGUGCGAAAAACGAAGAAUGAUCCAGCCUACUUUUGCUUGAGACGGUGCUUAUCGACCUGUAUGAGACUCGGGUCAAGUUGUACCAUUAAUUUCUUGGGGGAAAUUCGAUACGAAGCAUAAGCGGUCUUUGGGGUUACUGUCUGCAGACUCUUUUUACCAUGUGUGUCUUGGAUGAUUAGAUGCGCGCUUGAAAUUGAAAGAAAAGAAAA